GUGUCAUGAAUUAGGACGUGUUAUCUCAUGUCGAAUAUUCUAAAGAUCUUGAAUUUCUGCAUAGUCAUUAGAACAGUGCAUGUUACGACUGAUCUACUUCAACAAAGAAAUAUUUCAGCUUUCUCAGAUGGCAGGGACUAUGAGAGCAGUACAGUUUCAAACUGGUGGUCCGGAAAAGAUGAAGAUUGGUGAGGUUCCAAUUCCAGUCCUUAGGAAAAAGGAGAUUUUAAUAAAAGUUUACGCUUCUGCAAUAAACAGAGCCGACACUUUACAGCGGAAAGGAGCUUAUCCACCACCAGCUGGAGAAAGCGAUAUCCUUGGUCUAGAGGCUGUAGGGACUGUUGACAAACUUGGACCAGACUGUUCAAAAAAAUGGAACAUAGGAGAUCGUGUCAUGGCCCUAUUAGCAGGGGGUGGUAAUGCCGAAUUUGUCGCUUGUCGAGAAGAGUGUUUAAUGCCCAUUCCAAAGAAGAUGUCUUUCACCAUAGCAGCUGCAAUACCGGAAGUCUGGUUAACGGCUUACCAAUUACUUCAUACAGUGGGUGGAGUUAAAGCUGGUGAUACCGUGUUAAUACACGCUGGCGGAAGUGGUGUUGGUACUGCAGCGACACAGUUAUCUGUUCUGGCAAAGGCCAAACCUCUAGUAACAGCAGGAUCAAUCGAGAAAAUAGAUAUGGCAAAGUCCCUUGGAGCAGUUGCAGGGUUCAAUUACAAAGAAGGAGACUUCAGUCUAGGUGUGAAGCAAUACACAAAAGAUGUUGGAGUGAACCUGAUAUUAGACUGUAUCGGUGAAUCUUUCUACAAUCAAAACAUCGAGUCCAUAGCAAAUGAUGGUACCUGGGUUGUUUAUGGCUUAUUGGGUGGCGGGAAAAUAAACGCUGAUCUAUUGAGUAAACUGUUGAGGAAAAGAAUAACUAUUACUGGUACAACUUUACGUGUACGUCCAAUAGAGUACAAAGAAUCGUUGGUUCAAAACUUCACACAGAAUGCACUUCCGUAUUUUGAAUCUGGAAGACUAAAACCAAUCAUUGAUAAAAUAUUUCCGCUCGAACAGAUUGGAAAUGCUCAUCAGUUAAUGGAGGAAAACAAGAACACGGGGAAAAUUGUCUUGAAAAUUCGCGAGGAAGAUGGUAGAGAUGAACUUUAGAAUAAAUUAAGUCGCAGCUAUCUAUAGUCAGACUGCGAUACCCGUGUGAUUCCCAAUGAAAUCAACUUGCUCGUUCUGCAGAUUUCUGCAUCUAAAUGUAUGUUGUAAUUUUGAUAUGAAGGGACAAAAAUAUGAAAUGCUCUAAAGUUUGACUCAUCAUUUUGGACAGAAAUCAAAUCGUUUGAAUUUCAAGACGCUUUCAUGAAGUAGAGUAGCGCUGACACAUAUAAUCUAGAAGAAGCAUGUUUUCAUUCUAUAAAUAUACUACCACGAACAUGCAUAAUAAAUGUAGAGCUAGUCAGAUUUGCAGAACUGUUAUGAUUGACUUUGAAUAAAUUUAUUUUUUAUUA